AUGUCCGAAAACUCAAAAAUCUACAUUUCAAAUCUCAGCUGGAACACGGGCGAUGAAGGGCUUGUGCAAGCAUUCAGUCCAUUUGGUCAAAUACAGGACUACGUCGUAAUGAAAGACAGAUCUACUGGCCGAUCCAGAGGAUUUGGCUUUGUGACAUACGCAAACGACAAGGAGGCGCUCAGUGCGCUUGAGAGUAUGAAUGAGGUUGAGUUGGACGGUAGAAGAAUACGCGUUAGCUAUGCACACGCGCAGUCCACGAGGAGGUACUGA